CCCAGCUGAGAGAGCCGCAGUCUCUGGCCAUGGGGCGGCUGCCCCGCGAGCUUCGGCCGCCGCUGGCGCUGCUGCUGCUGUUGGCGCCACCCCAGGCGCUGCGCGGGGCGCACUGCCCAGAGGCCUGCAGCUAUCAGCCCCAGGGCGCACUGCGGUGCCCUGGCCCUCGAGCUGGCCUCACCUUACUAUCACUCACCUAUCUCCCUAUCAAAGUAAUCCCAUCUCACGCUUUCAGAGGACUUAAUGAGGUCGUGAAAAUUGAAAUCUCUCAGAGUGAUUCCCUGGAAAAGAUAGAAGCUAAUGCCUUUGACAAUCUCCUCAAUUUGUCUGAAAUACUGAUCCAGAACACCAAAAACCUUGUGUACAUUGAGCCUGGAGCAUUUACAAAUCUCCCCCGGUUAAAAUAUCUGAGCAUCUGUAACACAGGCAUCCGAAAGCUUCCAGAUGUUUCGAAGAUCUUUUCUUCUGAAUUUAAUUUCAUUCUGGAAAUUUGUGAUAACUUACACAUAACCACCAUACCAGGAAAUGCUUUCCAAGGGAUGAAUAAUGAAUCCAUAACACUCAAACUAUAUGGAAAUGGAUUUGAAGAAAUACAAAGUCAUGCGUUCAAUGGGACGACGCUGAUUUCACUGGACUUAAAGGAAAAUGCACACCUGGAGAAGAUGCACAAUGGAGCCUUCCAGGGGGCCACAGGGCCUAGCAUCUUGGAUAUUUCUUCCACCAAACUGCAAGCCCUGCCCAGCGAUGGGCUGGAAUCCAUUCAGACACUAAUUGCCACAUCAUCCUAUUCUCUUAAAAAGCUGCCAUCAAGAGAAAAAUUUACCAGUCUCCUGUAUGCCACACUGACUUACCCUAGUCACUGCUGCGCUUUUAGAAACCUGCCACCAAAGGAGCAGAAUUUUUCAUUUUCCAUUUUUGAAAACUUUUCCAAACAAUGUGAAAGCACAGCAAGGAAACCAAAUAAUGAAACACUGUAUUCUGCCAUCUUUGAUGAAAAUGAACUGAGUGGCUGGGAUUAUGACUAUGGUUUCUGCUCACCCAAGAUACUUCAAUGUGCUCCUGAACCAGAUGCUUUUAAUCCCUGUGAAGAUAUUAUGGGCUAUGACUUCCUUAGGGUCCUGAUUUGGCUGAUCAGUAUUCUAGCCAUCAUGGGAAAUGUGACUGUCCUCUUUGUCCUCCUGACCAGUCGUUAUAAACUGACCGUGCCACGUUUUCUCAUGUGCAAUCUCUCAUUUGCAGAUUUUUGCAUGGGGCUCUAUCUGCUGCUUAUUGCCUCAGUUGAUUCCCAUACCGAAGGCCAGUAUUACAACCAUGCCAUAGAUUGGCAGACCGGGAGUGGAUGUAGUGCUGCUGGGUUUUUCACUGUAUUUGCAAGUGAACUUUCUCUAUACACCCUCACAGUCAUCACACUAGAAAGAUGGUACACCAUCACAUAUGCUAUUCAGGUAAACCAAAAGCUUCGAUUAAGACAUGCUAUUCUGAUUAUGCUUGGAGGGUGGCUCUUUUCCACUCUGAUCGCUAUUUUGCCCCUUGUGGGUGUCAGCAAUUACAUGAAGGUCAGCAUUUGCCUCCCCAUGGAUGUGGAAACCACUCUCUCACAAGUCUACAUAUUAGCCAUCCUGAUACUCAAUGUGGUGGCCUUCAUCAUCAUUUGUGCUUGCUACAUUAAAAUAUAUUUUGCAGUUCAAAAUCCAGAGCUGACAGCUACCAACAAAGAUACAAAGAUGGCUAAGAAAAUGGCGGUUCUCAUCUUCACGGAUUUCACCUGCAUGGCACCUAUUUCCUUUUUCGCCAUCUCAGCUGCCUUGAAAGUGCCUCUGAUCACAGUAACCAACUCUAAAAUUUUACUAGUUCUUUUUUACCCAGUCAAUUCUUGUGCCAAUCCAUUUCUAUAUGCAAUCUUCACAAAGGCAUUCCGAAGGGAUUUCUUCCUGCUGUUGAGCAAAUUUGGCUGCUGUAAAUAUCGGGCUGAACUUUAUAGAAGGAAAGGUAUUUCAGCUUAUAACUCCAAAUGUAAAAAUGGCUUCACUGGAUCAAAGAAGCCUGCUACUACCUUGAUGUUGCCCACAUUGCACUGUCAAUAUACAGCUGUGCUAGACAAAACUUGUUGUAAAGAAUGUUAACUGUUAUAUCAGUAACCACUUUGUUGAACCGUACUUAAACGGGUAAAAAAAAAAUUUAUUUUUAGGCACAUUCUGUAAAAACAGAUCUCCACCUCCUUCAAAGUGUAGUCCAUGACUACUGCCAGUCUAAAAAUUAUUUUUUGUUGGUACAUGAUAUAAAAUACAGAAGUUGAUGAUGUUAAGAAACUGUUUUAGCAAUUUUGACAGAGUUUUUAUGUCAGAUGAGUCUGCUAUUUAAAAAGUGGUAAUAUUUUGUAUGUCUUUUUUUUUCAUUUCAUCUUUGUCGUAAUUAUUUUUUGGGCAUUUUAGAAUAGGAUUAGUCCAUAACAAAUUUGAAAUUUAAAAUAAAUGGUCCUUUUCCUCAGAUAUUUUGAGAAACACACUCUAGAGCUGUUUUGUCUAAUCUGAUAGCCACUGGCCAUAUGUGGUUAAAUUAAAACGAAGAUGUAGUUUCUCAGUUGUACUAACCACAUCUCAAGUCUCCCUGGCCCCACAUGCUUACUGGUUACCAUAUUAGCACCGUUGUAGAACACUUUAAUCAUUACAGAAAGUUUUAUUGGGUAGUACUGUUCUAAAGACUUCUAUCUGUCUAGGUUAUACUGUUUGAAAUUUAACUUAAGGUAAGUAUCUAAAGGCAAGUUUCAGCCCAUUUGCUUGGUUUGAUGUUUUCCUUCUAAGUGCAAUGAGACGUUAAAUAGUAGACUAUACACUCUGUUUAAGUAGGAACCCUGUCUCCUAGUUCAGCAUCUUGGCAAUGGUACACAACAAAUGUGCUGAAUUGCCCUGAAGGUAUACACUGUAUAAGGGGGAAAAAAAAGGUUAUUUUUUCCCUUUCUAGGCCCCCAUCUUUUUUUAAGUGCAAGUUUAAAAAUGUUAUUUAGGUGAAAUAUUUAAAAAUAUUUAAUUCUCAUAAUUUCUAUCCGUUGGAGGUAUAGAAAAAUAUAUCCUAUAUUUGCUAGAAGUACUGUUAUCAGAAUUGACUCUUGCUGGACAAUGAAACUAUGGCUUAAAUUCCAGUGGUUUUUUUGAAUGUAUGCUCCUUGACUUUUUAAAAUAACUUUUAUUGAAAGCUUAUUAUGUGCCAGUAUUUUAUAUAAUACUUGAUAAGUAUUUUAUAUAAUGUAACCCAUUUAAUCUUAAUAAAACUCAAUGAUGCAGACAUUAUUCACUUUUUUUGCAUCAAUAAGAAAUUUACUAGUGUUUUAAAAUUCCAAAUACUGGCUAGCCUGGAAAAGUUCAAUAGUGGAUUCUUGAGGGCUUUCUCCCCUGAACAUGGUGACUGGUUAUCUUUUGGCAAAGUUGUUACACAUUUUGCAUGGACAGCACACAAGUUGGUAUCUUCAAAAGGCCAAGCAGAUAGACCUCACUUGCCUCCUACAAAACACUAAUAGCAGUGCUCUGGAAGCUCAACUCUGUUUUGAAGUUGUGAUAAUUUUUUUCACACCAGAAGCGGGAAGUUUGAGAAUCAGAAAAGUUCAAUGGAUUCUGAUAAUGCCUAAUACCAACAAGUGCCACAGUACUAAGCAUGUAAUGAUGAGGUUUCUUCACCCCACCAGUAGAGAGCACACUCUGGUCAGCAGCCUUUGUAGGCAGGUGCUUGCUUCUUUACCACCAGCUGGUUUGUGGACAGUAGGCUUUGUAUGUGUCAUGGUACAGAGACCUCCUUUCUAAACAUCCUUCUCAUUGGCCUGAAGCUUCUGGAGCUAGAGGCAGAGCUGGGGUUAGGGAGUGAUGGGCAACUGUGAAACCCAUUAUUCACAUUUUAUAGAGCAGGAAAACCUACUAAAUUAGCUCAAGUUCUCAAAACUAGUAAAAAAUACAACUAAUACAAUUCAAACUCAAAGUUCUGAUUCAGGAUCCCAACCUCUUAACCACCGUGCUUUACUGUCUCCCUUGCAGGCAAAUCAUAAGUUUACAUAUGGUGAAAUAGACAAAUCCUAAGCAUAUCAUUUAAUGAGUUUUAAGAAACACAUACACCCAGGUGACCCAAAACCUCUGUCAAAACAUAGAACAUUAUCACCCUCAGAAAGUUCCCUCAUGUCCCUUUCCUUAAUCCUUCACCCAUCACUCCCCAGAGAUAACAGCAGUUCUGACUUUUCCCCCAUAGAUAAGUUUUACAUGUUCUAGUGUUCAUAGAAAUAUAAUCAUACAUUAUAUGCUCUUUUGUGUAAGGCCUCUUCAACUGAGAAAACAUUUUUGCUUUUCAUCAAUGUUGUUGCUUGAGUCAGUAGUUAAUUCCACUUCAUUCCUGAGUAGUAUUCCACAGUAUGAACAUAUCACUCUUCCAUUCUUGUACUGAUGGAUAUCUGGGCUAUUUCCAGUUUCCAGCCUUCCCUUGACAUUUUAUUUAAAAAAAAAAAAAAGGUAUAGCCAUAACAAGACUCUCUAUACAUUUAGUCUCCUUUCAAUCUUUACAUUGUUGUGCAAAGAGAUUCAAAAUAGAUUAUAAAAGAUCAUAAACAUCACAAAAUAUCCCUUCUCUAUAUUUUUUUUUACAUUUCUCACUUUCUACUCCAUAACUAGUUACUUGUCUUUACUCAGAUAAGUCCUCUUUCUUAUACGGUACUAUUUAGAAUUUGUCUCAGUGAUAUGGAAUACUAGUCAUGUUGUAUACAUACAUACAGAAUAAACUUUUUGAUUGCUAUACAAUCUAAGAAUCAAAGCAAGUAGGUAAGCAGAAAAUAAAACAACAGAAAAUAAAUCCUUGUAGAGAAAUUUUAGCUACAUACUCUGAAAUAUUAUUUGCAUUCAAAGUGCCUCUACACAUACUCUGAAAAUAAGUUCUAUAGCUUUUCCGCAUUAUUUUCUAUACUAUACCUUGUUUUUACAUCCAGUGUCCCUCAUUCUCAUAGUCUUUCAUUCACUGAGACUUACCAGUUAUUCCUUUGAAUUGUGUUCCGCAUCACUUCUUUAUUUUGCAUUACUACAUCCCAGGCCACUUCUCCACACCUCUGGAGUACUACCCUAAUCUCCCUCAUUUUUAUUUAUACCCAGUCUUUCCCAACUCCACACUCUCAUACCCACCACGGAUUAAUCUUCUUAAAAUCCUAUUGCACCUUAUUGCAUAUUUACCAAAAAUCCUGAGCAACUUUAUCAGUACCUAUAAAUUUAAGUUUUAGCUCCUAAACACUGAAAGAGCUUCAGAAUCAUUAUAACACUGAAAGAGCUUCAGAAUCAUUCCUCACAUCUGCUCACUUUUAUCUCCUGCUGUUUUUCUACAUGAAACAAGUUGUUCCACUUAUUUUUCCCUAGCUACACCCUAUGUAUCUACAUUCUGGUGUCCUUGCCAUUCCUACUAUCUGGAAAACCUCCCUUACCUAUCUUCCUUGUGCAUCUGUGCAUCUUUUAAGUCCCCAGCAAAAGGUUUAUGUUCUUUAUUAAGUUCUCCUUAAUUCACUCCCUCCCUAAUCCAGUACAGUUAAUAUAUCUCCUUUACCUGAAAUUAAGUAGAGCAUAAAUAAUAAAUAUAUAACCCAGAAUGGUUUCUCUUCGGAUUCUUUUAGCACUUGUCACCUGUAUCACUUGUUCACCUUUUACCCAAUACUGUCAUGUACUAAAGAUCUACCUUUACAUGCAUAUCUCACCCGUUACAAAUUUCUUCAGUGAUAAACUUGUCUCUUUUACUCCUUUAUUUCUCCCACUAUGUCUAUCCUACAGCAUUAUACAUACCAGGUGAAUAAUGAAUUUUUUUUCUUGCUGAUUCACUUUUAUAUGUAAUUAAAAUAUGAAACAAUCCUAGUUAAGAAGUAUUUCCCUUAUGAAAUGGUGUCACAGAAAGCAUGUGUAUGCUUUAUCGGUAUAAUCUUGAUACAUAAAUCGUAAGGCUAGCAAAUGCUCAAGAAAUGUAUAUUCCUAUUUUGUAUUUUUUUUUACUGUGUUUGAUACUAUCACUGGUAGGUUGCAAAUGACUAAAAAGGGUUAACCAAUCUGUACUAACUCAUCUAAACUUACGAAAUAUUUUUAAAAGGUAUUUUGUCCUCCAUUCAUGCCCGUGGGGGACCUGGUUUUAUCGUCCUCAAAAAUAUAUUAAAUCUACAUGUAAAUUGAGAAUAUUUAUGUCACAAAUAUUUGAAUAAAUAUGUCCAUAAUUGACAAUAAUAUUUUCUU